AUGAUUCCUUUCAAGUUAAUCCCAUGGCUCCUCAUAGGUAGCUGUGUUGCCCAAACUUCCACAGAACCACAAUGGGACUCCACAAUCACUCCAAGCCCAGAAAUCGAUUUAUAUGAAAGAAUGGAAGCUCCAGUAUCAACUCCUGUUCCCUGUUACGAAGACCUCGAUGAGCCCGGUUGUUUCAGCGCAUUCUCUGUUGUCGCUAGUGCUGUUACGGAAGCAAAUUAUUUUAAAAAAAAUCGUAAAAGAGGGUUGGACAACAUCUUGUCGAUUUACAUCAGCCAAAUUCAAAUCGAUAGCUUUUUGAAUUGUUACUCAACUUGGUCAAAUGAAAUGGAAUUAGACUAUUAUUCAUCAACCUCAGUUUUCCAAUAUUUAAGUAUGGAUGAAAUUUACUCCCCAGUUUACAGUCUCUGUUCAGCAACCACAACAUCAGAUUCAGAAUCAUCCACUGUCUAUCCUUCUUCUUCUGAAUCUUCUGAAUCUUCUGAAUCUUCAACUGUUGAAUCCGUGGCAACUACUUGCGCUCCAGACUAUGACGAAGCUGAAUGUAGCAGCGCCUACGAUAAUAUCAUUUCUGCAAUUUCUGCUGCUACUAAUCAACCUGCUGCCCCUACUGUGAUAUCAACAUUAAAAUUACGCUUGGCAAAACGAGAUUCCACUGAAGUAUAUGCUUACUUGGAUGCUUUGGUUCUUGCCGGCCUUUUAUCUUGUGCACCUAAUUACAAUGAUAUUGAAUCCAAUGUUGAAGCUAACAUUUUCGGCUACCUUUCUAAUAAUGGUGUUCCAACCUCCGCUACUAUUGACGUGUGCUUAGCUUCUUCCACUGUUGAUGAAUCUUCUUCUUCUGCUGAGCAGUCUUCUUCCACAAUUGAAUCCCAAGUCGAAGCUUCAACUACCCCCACUUGUGUUGCUGAUUAUGAUGAAGCCCAAUGCAGCAGUGCCUACAAUGAAAUAUUAGCUGAGAUUGAUGCAUCUUCAUCUUCAUCUUCAUCUUCAUCUGCUUCUGUCACCAUUAUUACCAUGGCUCCCAAGCUGCGUUUAGCAAAACGAACUAUUAGUAUUGUCGAAGUUUCAUCUUCUCCUUCAACUGAUACUACUUAUUUUUAUGUUGAUCCCACUGUUCUUGCCGGUCUUCUUCACUGCGUCUCCAAGUAUUCCGAUAUUCAAGCUAAUGCUCAAACUAACAUUUACCCAUAUUUGACAGCAAAUGAUGUAUCAACAAUUCCUUCGCUAAGUCUUUGUGCAGAAAGUUCUAGUUCUGAAGAAAGUUCAUCAAUUGAAUCUUCAGACUCUAUAACUUUGGAAUUUUCUUCUUCAGAAUCUUUAACCUCUGAAGUCGAAGCUUCAACUACCCCUACCUGUAUCAAUGAUUAUGACGAAGCUCAAUGUAGUAGCGCUUACGAUAGUAUUAUGGCUGAAAUUGCUGAUGCUCAAGCAGCCACUUCUUCCCAGGAAAUCUUUGUUGUAACUAAAAGAAAAUUGCGAUUGGUCAGACGUGAUGGCACUGAAGUGUUUGCUUACUUGGAUUCUUUUGUUCUUUCUUCUCUUCUCAACUGUGCCCCCAAAUACAGCACCAUACAAUCCAAUGUUGAAGCCAACAUUUAUAAUUACCUUUCUGAUAAUGGUAUACCCACUUCUGCUAUUCUUGAUGUUUGCGCUGCUUCUUCUACUUCUGAAGAAUCCUCUUCUGUUGAAGAAGUUUCCUCCACAAUUACAUCUGAAGCCGAGGCUUCAGUUACUGCUACCUGUGUUGCCGAUUACGAUGAAGCCCAAUGUAGCAGUGCCUAUGAUGAAAUAUUGGGUGAGAUUGAAGCAUCUGAAUCUUCGUCUUCAUCUUCAUCUGUAAUAACAAUUUCUAUUCUUACUCCAGAUCGCAAACUGCGUUUGGCAAAACGAACUAUUAGUAUUGUCGAAGUUUCAUCUUCUCCUUCAACUGAUACUACUUAUUUUUAUAUUGAUCCCACUGUUCUUGCCGGUCUUCUUCACUGCGUCUCCAAGUAUUCCGAUAUUCAAGCUAAUGCUCAGACCAAUAUUUACCCAUAUCUGACAGCAAAUGAUAUAUCAACAAUCCCUUCGCUAAGUCUUUGUGCAGAAAGUUCUAGCUCUGAAGAAAGCUCCACAUACAUUGACUCUGUUUCUUCAACUGUUGAAUCUUCUGAAACUUCUUCUUCAGAGGCUGAAGUUUCUUCAGUGGCCACCUGUGUUGCUGAUUACACCGAAGCUGAAUGCAGUGCCGCUUAUGAUGAAAUCAUUGGUGAUAUUGAUGCAGCCGAACCCCAUGUUUCAUCUGUUGCUCUUCCUAUACCCGAGCGUCGACGCUUGUUGAAACGUAUAAUUAUCUCUACCUUAACCGGUUCAUCCUCAACUUCUUCAAGUUCAACCACUUCUGAAUCUACCUCCACAUAUUUUUAUAUUGACACCACUGUUUUGGCCGGUCUUCUUCACUGUGUUUCCAAAUACCCUAAUAUUCAAACCAAUGCCCAAACUAACAUUUAUCCUUACUUGAAUGCUAACGACAUUUCCACAAUUCCAACACUUGAUUUGUGUGUUUCUAGUUCUAGCAGUGUUGAAGAAAGUUCCUCAUACGUUGAAUCAUCAUCAGAAAUUUCAUCAUCGGAGAUUUCCUCAUCUGAGGUUUCCUCAUCAGAAGUUUCCUCAUCAGAAGUUUCCUCAUCAGAAGCUUCCUCAUCAGAAGCUUCCUCAUCAGAAGUUUCCUCAUCAGAAGUUUCAUCAACUGAAAGCAGUGAAUCUGCUUCCGAAACUACUACUGAAUCUUGCGUUCCCAACUAUACUGAAGCCGAGUGCUCUGCUUUGUACCAGCAAGUUCUUGAUGCUAUCAACGCUGAAUUCACUACUCCUAUGGUUACUAUUAUCACCACAUCUACCGCUUACCGUUUAAUUAAGCGUGCGGUUCCUCAAGGUUUCACAUAUUUUGAUGUUAAUAGUGAUGUGUUGUUAGGACUACUUUCAUGUGCUCCUAAUUACUCUGAAAUUUAUAAUAAUGCUGUUGCAAACAUUUUCCCAUAUUUGUCUUCAAAUGGACUUGCCACAUCUGCAACUGAAGAGGCAUGCGCUGCUAGCAGUGAGUACUCAUCAUCGAGUAGCGAGAUUAGUUUUGAAACUAUAACUGACACUGAGUCUUCUCUGGGGUCUUCUGAGUCUUCUAUUGAAUCAUCUGCUGAGCCAUCAUCUGUUGGAUCUUCUGUUGAGUCUUCUACUGAAUCAUCCUCUGUUGAAUCAUCCUCUGUUGAAUCCUCUUCUGUUGAAUCUUCUACUGAAUCUUCUUCUACUGAAUCCUCUUCUGUUGAAUCUUCCUCUGUUGAGUCUUCUUCUGUUGAGUCUUCCUCUGUUGAAUCUUCUUCUGUUGAAUCCUCUUCUGUUGAAUCCUCUUCUGUUGAGUCUUCCUCUGUUGAAUCUUCUACUGAGUCUUCUUCUGUUGAAUCUUCUACUGAGUCUUCUUCUGUUGAGUCUUCCUCUGUUGAGUCUUCCUCUGUUGAGUCUUCCUCUGUUGAGUCUUCCUCUGUUGAGUCUUCCUCUGUUGAUUCUUCCUCUGUUGAGUCUUCUUCUGUUGAGUCUUCUUCUGUUGAGUCUUCUUCUGUUGAGUCUUCUUCUGUUGAGUCUUCUUCUGUCGAAUCCUCUUCUGUUGAGUCUUCUUCUGUUGAGUCUUCUUCUGUUGAGUCUUCUUCUGUUGAGUCUUCUUCUGUUGAGUCUUCUUCUGUUGAGUCUUCUUCUGUUGAGUCUUCUUCUGUUGAGUCUUCUUCUGUCGAAUCCUCUUCUGUCGAAUCCUCUUCUGUCGAAUCCUCUUCUGUUGAGUCGUCCUCUGUUGAGUCUUCUUCUGUCGAAUCCUCUUCUGUUGAAUCCUCUUCUGUUGAAUCCUCUUCUGUUGAAUCCUCUUCUGUUGAAUCCUCUUCUGUUGAAUCCUCUUCUGUUGAAUCCUCUUCUGUUGAAUCCUCUUCUGUUGAAUCCUCUUCUGUUGAAUCCUCUUCUGUUGAGUCUUCCUCUGUUGAAUCUUCUACUGAAUCUUCUUCUGUUGAAUCUUCUACUGAGUCUUCUUCUGUCGAAUCCUCUUCUGUCGAAUCCUCUUCAGUUGAGUCUUCCUCUGUUGAAUCUUCCUCUGUUGAAUCUUCUACUGAAUCUUCUUCUGUUGAGUCUUCUGCUCCUGUUUCUGAACCCCCUACUUCCUCAACACUUGAAGCUUCUUCUACUAUUGAAGAAUCAUCUUCUGUUUCUGCUACACCUAGUGAAGUGCCCGAUUUUGACUCUUUUAUUGAAUCAAUUAGAAAAGCUAUUCUUGAUGCUGUUGCCUCUCUUGACGAACUUGGUCAACUCACUGAUCUUGUUGCUUCCAUUAUUGAUUUGUUCCGUAGUAUUCUUGGAGCUGAAGCUAGUAAAAUCUUUUCAAUCUUAUUCAAUGGCAGUGUCAUUCUCAAGCGUGCUUCUACUAUUGAAGAAGCCAUCACUAUUUUCAAUGAGUUCAUUGCGGGUCUUUCUGCUUGGUUCAAGGAGUCUUCUUACACUGAUUUCUUGUCUCUGAUUAGCCAGAUUCGCAAUUAUGCCGAUCCUUCUCUUGUGGAAUCAUAUGUCAGGUUGGCCACUGUUGCCACACUUACAGCAGCUGAAGAAGCCAUCUCAAGUCUUGCAAAGCAAAGUCCUGAGUUUAGCGCAGUUGCAGAUAGCUUCUACAUUGUUUACGGGAAGUUCAUUGAUGAUAUUCUUUAUGCCCUGUAUCCUCAUUCCAGCGAAUCUUCGACAUCUACUACUACUUCUACCUCAUCCACCACUGCAAUCUCAUCUAACAAUUCUACCUCAUCUACUACUUCUGUUUCUACAGGUAUUUCUUCUUCUUCAUUGUCUUCUUCUUCUGCAACUUCUACCACUUCCUCCGCCACUUCUGCCACUUCUAUUGCUGCUGGCACUACUACUGUUACUUCUACAGUCACCAAGUAUACCACUACCGUCAAGACCAGUGGCACUGUUACUACUACAGUUACCGAGCCUUGUGAGACAACCACUGAGACUAUUGUGAUUGCUCCUGAAACCACAUACACUAUUACCGAGCCAUGCUCCAAGUGCUCAACUAAGACCUUCACUGUGUCUACUGUUGUCACCAUCACUUCUACUCUUGCCAAUAGUCAAGUUACUACCAUCACCACAACAGAAGAAAUUCCAGUGACUGUUGAGGUCACCAAGCUUCCCAGCUCCGGGUACACUGUCAUUACUUAUACAGGCACUGCGGAAGUUCCAGGCACCACUGAAACUGUAACUGAAGCUUGCACAGUUUGCAAGACCCAUACAACGGUUUAUACAGGUGUGACCACGAUCACAACAACAUCUGGCGGCAGAGUUGUUACUGUUACUGAGCCUUGUGAAUCCACCUAUACUGUUGUCGAAUCGCCCGUGACCAGCGGCGGAGUCAUUAGCACCGUAACCUCUACUUUGUACGAAACUGGAAAGCCCAAGACCUAUACUACAGUUUCUAGCGGUUCUACGACAUACAUCACUACUUCUGGUGGCUCUGUUGUCACUGUAACUGAACCUUGUGCAACUACCUAUACAGUUGCUGAAUAUCCAGUUACGUCUGGAAGUGUUGUUGUUACUUCGACGUCAACGUUGUAUGGCUCCAGCUCUGGUGUCAAGACUUACACUGAAGUUUCAAGCGGCUUCACUACUUUCGCAACUACUUCUGGAGGUACUGUUGUUACAGUCACGGAGCCCUGUGAAACGACAUAUACGGUUAUUGAAAGUCCAGUUACUUCUGGUAAUGUUGUGUUUACCUCUACCUCAAUUUUGUACGCCACCAGCAACGGCGUCAAGACAUACACGACGGUAUCUAGCGGUACUACCACUUACGCAACUACCUCUGGAGGUACUGUUGUUACAGUGACAGAGCCUUGCGAGACGACCUUUACAGUUGUGGAGUCGGAGGUCACAUCAUCGGGCAUUGUUGCUACUUUGACCUCCACAUAUAGUCCCAGCAUCAUCAAGACCUAUACAACAGUUGUGAGUGGUGUUACCAGCUAUGAGUCUACAUUGAGUAGUUCUAUUGUUGUUAUUGUGACUGAACCCUGCGAGUCGACGUAUACUAUUGUUGAGUCAGCGGUGGUUACCUCGGGGACGGUAGCAAGUAUUGUGACGUCUACUGUUGUCCUGGCCACCUCGUCAAAGAUUUCUGUUUCUGAAGAGGUUUGCACAGCCUGCACAACCAAAACGUCCAUUUCCAGUGGACUCACCACGUACACCACAGUGUCCAAUGGUAUUGAAGUGGCGGUCACCGAGUCCACUGCAACAACCUAUGAGGUUGUGGAGUCGCCAACAGUUUCUGCGGGGAUUACGACGGUGGUAACGCUGAGCAGUGUUGCAAGUGUCCCCGUCGGCAGUGUUACCGUGCCCGUGGAAACUUCAGGAACCACUAGUUCCACUAGUUCUGCGGAAGUUGUUGUACCCACAACCGUUUUUUCAGCCUCCACGGGCAACAUUCUGGGGUCGUCCAUUUCGGCUGGAGUAGAAAGCUCCGCUGAACAGUCAAAGGGUAGCGAGGUGAUCGGAACUACAAUAUCUCCGGCCGGCUCUUCCGUUGAGACGAUUGCCCAGGUGCCCAGUGCGGAGACCACUCUUGCACAAGUUAACUCGGGGAUUACGACUGUUGUUCAUCACCUUGCACUCUUGCUGUCGUUUGCAGUUGCAUUAUUUAUUUAG